AUGGGCUUCGCGUUGAAGAAGCCUGAUGAUGCCGUGGGCUCCGCUGCCCCGGCUAUCAUCAUUGGUCUUUUUGUGGCCUUUGGCGGUGUUCUCUUCGGAUAUGACACCGGAACGAUCAGCGGAAUCCUCGCCAUGAAAUACUGGCGGCAGCUGUUCUCCACGGGAUACGUCAACCCCAAAGACCACUGGCCCGAUGUGACCUCCUCGCAGUCUUCGAUGAUUGUCUCCCUUUUGUCUGCGGGUACUUUCUUCGGUGCCCUAGCUGCGGCGCCCGUUGCGGACACCUUUGGUCGGCGGCUCGGCAUGAUUCUGGAUACUGGUGUCUUCACCUUUGGUGUUAUUCUUCAGACUGCGUCUACUUCUAUUCCGUUGUUCGUGGCAGGCAGAUUCUUUGCUGGGCUCGGUGUCGGUCUGCUUUCUGCAACUAUUCCCCUAUAUCAGUCUGAGACAGCGCCCAAAUGGAUCCGCGGUACCAUUGUUGGAGCUUACCAGCUGGCCAUCACACUCGGUCUACUCCUGGCAGCUAUCGUCAACAAUUCUACCAAGAACCGCAUGGAUACCGGCUGCUACCGUAUUCCCGUGGCCGUACAGUUCGCCUGGGCUAUCAUCCUCGUGGUGGGAAUGCUGGUGUUGCCAGAGACACCACGCUACCUGAUCAAGAGAGACAGACACGAGGAUGCCGUCAAGUCUCUUGCUCGUCUGCGCCGCAUCGACGUCAACGACCCGGCCAUCAUCGAGGAGCUGUCCGAGAUCCAGGCGAACCAUGAAUUCGAGCUGCGUCAGGGCAAGGCUACAUACCUUGAAAUCCUCAAGGGUACUAUUGGAAAGCGUCUGGCUACUGGCUGUGCAGUGCAGGCUCUGCAGCAACUCGCUGGUGUCAACUUCAUCUUCUACUAUGGCACAACUUUCUUCCAGAACUCAGGCAUCCAGAAUUCCUUCGUCAUCACCCUCAUCACCAACAUUAUCAACGUGGUCUCAACCUUCCCAGGCCUGUACAUGGUCGAGAAAUGGGGCCGCCGCCCCCUCCUCCUCUUCGGCGCGGUAGGCAUGUGUGUUUCGCAACUAAUCGUCGCCAUCGUCGGCACAACAGCCAGCUCGACUGUCGCCAACAAGGUCCUAAUCGCCUUCGUGUGCGUCUACAUCUUCUUCUUCGCCAGCUCCUGGGGCCCGGUCGCCUGGGUCGUGACGGGCGAGCUCUUCCCUCUGAAAGCGCGCGCGAAGUGUCUCUCUAUCACAACCGCGACGAACUGGCUGCUCAACUGGGCGAUUGCCUACGCUACGCCGUACAUGGUGAACAGCGGAGCCGGCAAUGCGAAUCUGCAGUCCAAGGUGUUUUUCAUCUGGGGUGGCUUCUGCUUCCUCGCCGCAGUUUUCGUCUACACAUGCAUUUAUGAGACUAAGGGUCUCAGUCUUGAGCAGGUCGAUGAAUUGUACUCUAAGAUCGAGCAGGCGUGGAAGUCGCCGGGCUUUGUGCCCUCCGUCCACUAUACAGAUGUACGGGAUGUUGCAGACGAGAAGCGUGGUAGUCUGGCGCAGUUUGAGGCCGAGGCCAAUGAAAAGCGUGAGGAGCGGGCAGAUCAUUUCGAAAGCGUGCCGGAUAAAAUGGAGGUUUGA